CUGUCGAAGUCAAUAAUAUUACUUGGAAGUGUUAGGUUUGUAACGUUAAAUAAAUACUUGGGGGAAGGCCAAGCGUUAACUAGUUGACCUAUUCGCCCAAUAUGAUGGUGUCUCGAGGCGAAUCCGGUGCAUCGCCCAACAUUGGCAUGCUGAAAAUGUCCGAGUGCGCACUGCCGUCACUGCGCAUGGACUCCAUCCACACGCUCGGUCGAUGGGGAUGUGGAUCGCUCUUGCUCUUCUGCUUGCGAAACGGCUCGUUGGCAGGGCUCAAAGCGAGGUUGGCAGCAUCGGUCAUGUCGGACGAGGCGCGGCUCCAUGUCAUUGCUUGGGAUGAUGCCUUGGGUUUGAACAUCGAGUGUCUGGGCUGUAUUGGUGGAGGUUGAUGGACCAAUGGAAACUUGUGGCAGGGGGCAGCGGGGGAGUUUGUACAUAGGGGAUGACUGUGCAGGUAGUCAGUGUUGGAGGUGCGGAAAUCCUUGGGGACCCCAAGAAAGUUGGCGACCAGCCAGCACAGUUUGGUGGCGUCGCGGGACGUAAUGGCGUUCUGGUGGCGUCGGUCUUCGCCCCACUGAAAGUCGAGGAGAAAUCGAACCAAAGCCGACAAGUACGUGUGGAAUCGACCCACACGCGCUUGUAUGACCGACGCGGCCAUCGAGUUUGUGCCCACAAAGAGAACUUUGAGCGUCUUCUUUGGAAAGUCAAAGUCGGCGAGGUUGGUGCGUUGACCUACAUGGGCCGCGUUCGCUGGGGCGGGCUUGACCUUGGAAGCGUGGGCAAUGGUUUGCACGCUGCGCCACAGCAUGCGGAAUUGGGUGUAUCGACGAGGCACGACCCAGUGGCCCUUGCCCACUUCAUUGACUUGCACCAUGUAAUUGAUGUGCUUCUUGUACCCGUGGUCACUUGCGUUGGUCGCACACACCGCCACGUCGACGUACUGCAGCACGUGCAUGCGACUGGUGGAAAACGGCUCGGUGGGUAACACCAUCAUAGACUGACCCAUGUGAGGAGUCGAUAUAUCUCGG